GCAACAAUCAGCAAAAAAAAAAAGAGUUGGAAGACUUGGUAUUGCACAAGGGCAAGCAAUGAGGAAAUCCUUUUUAGCUAGCUUGUGUGAAAGCAUAACCCUGCAUUAGCCAUAGCAGUCCUGUGGCCAGGCUUUGGCAACAUUAGAGAUUGUUCUAAUAGUAUUUUUAAAUGCAGUGUUACAGGAUUAUUGUAUGUUAGAAAAUAUAUACUAUUUGUCUCUCGUUCUCCUCUUCCAAGCCUGUCUUCUGUUAUCACAGAAGUGGUGAUCUUGUGACAGAAUCACAGAUUUUAAUAUAUAUGUUUUUUCUGUAUUGUGUUAAUAUUGACAUAGCUUCAGUUUUCUAGUCUCUGCUCUCCCUCUUCACUGUUAAGUUUUUUCUUCCAUUUGGUAAAAGCUGCAAAUUUUAGUUCCAUUUAAGAUUAACUGAAGUGCUUGUAUGAAAAACCUGCCAACAGUUUUGUUUCUGUCGCAGGGGUGCUGUAAUAAGACAUAUGACUCAGGCAAAUAAGCAAUUCCUGCCCUCAAGGCUCUAAGGAUAUAAAACAAACAAGUGUGGAGGAGAGAAAGAAAUGCCAAAACUGGAGUGAGCUGUUGCACACACCUUCAUUAAAUCCUAGUUGUGGGCAAAUACCCGAAGUUGGGAAUAACAAAAGCAGACUUGGAGAAGAAGAAAGAGUACUGGGAGACAAAACAGGCUGGGCUGAGAGAUAGUGUGAUUGUUCUUUCCUGGGUAGAGCAGAUUAGGGCAAGAAGUGGUCAAGGUCAUCAAUAAAAAUGUGUAUAGAACUGCAGUCACGUGCUGCUAAUUGAGAUGGAGGCAUUUGAACAGUGGCAGAGUCACUAGUAAUUAAAUUUACCUCUGAACUUCAGACCGCGAGGUAAAUCACGGUUACUCUUAGUGCAAAACUGCCUGUGUGUGAACACAUCAGAUUGGAUGUGAUUUGAAUGAUUCAAUUGAUCUGGAUCAAGUCAAACCAUCACAGUGUCUGAGUAUUCAAAGUGAUGUGUAUUCUUCUUAUCUGUACUCUGAAAGGUGUUCCAGGGAGAAACGGGAAUGAUGAUUAGGAUAUGGGGAGUAAAAAUCAUGUGUAACUGUGUAGUUAUCACCAAAAUGAUGUUUUACAUUUGUGAUGAAUUCUUGAUAUUUACAAUUUUAUCCUUUAGCUGGAAGGGCUGAAAAUCAACAUGGCAUAUUUCCAGACUGGCAGUUGGAUGUCGUAAUAGUAGCUGUAGUAUUCUUGUUUUUCCACUGACAUUUGUUCAGGAUGAUUUGCCCUCUGAAAUACAUUUGCAGCUAGUGUUCUGUCUGAGUUCAUUUCAGAGAAAUGAAAAGACUCAAUUUGGAGUUAAAUGUUACUUUUAUGGGUCACAAGUGUUCCUUUAAAUCCACUUCUUACAGCCAAAUUAGUUAUGAAAACAUCUGCUUUGAUUAUUUGUUCUGCUAUUUUACACAGCUUUCCGAUGAUUGCAUCAUAUUUACAAUGGAUUAUUAUAAUAAUUACAUUCAUUUACAGAGUAAUAACUGAUCUUUCUGUUGUAAAGCAAAUCAGAUAAUCUUGUGAGCUCAUAGACCAUGUGUCUUUUUGAAGACUUAACUCCAUUACACCGAUAACAGAAAGUCAGCCAGUACGUGGUUGCAAAUGAAUUUGGCGUAAGAUAGAUGGAAGAGCAAAUAACAAGGAGAACAGGUAACAAGUGUUGAGAGCCUGCACUCUUAGAUAACUUCCUUCUUCUCCAAGACAGAAGGCAGUGAGAUGUGGAAAUAGUUUUGGGGAGGGAGUGAAGCACAGUAUUGGUGAGAAGUCUGGAGCUGGAUCUGGGGAUUCUGGAAUUGUGAUUUGGAGUCGUGAAGAAUUCACAGUCCGUCCACAAUGGCAGAAAGGACAGAUGGUACACAGUCACAUAUUUCAGUGGCUGAAUACAGCCCUGUCAAUAAAUCAGAAAGGACAGACCCAAGUGAAAUGAAGCAUGGAAGUGAAAAUACUUUGCAACUGAAGAAAGAAAUAUCUUUGAUAAAUGGGAUAAGCCUUAUUGUGGGGAACAUGAUUGGUUCAGGUAUCUUUGUCUCUCCCAAAGGAGUUCUCAUCUACAGCAAAUCUUAUGGAUUGUCUCUCGUAGUUUGGGCAAUGGGGGGGAUUUUUUCAGUCUUUGGAGCUCUCUGCUAUGCUGAACUUGGAACCACUAUUACGAAGUCAGGAGCCAGCUAUGCAUAUAUCUUGGAGUCCUUUGGGAGCUUCAUUGCUUUUAUUCGUUUGUGGACCUCACUCCUAAUUGUUGAGCCAACCAGCCAAGCAAUUAUAGCCAUCACCUUUGCUAACUACAUAAUUCAGCCCUUCUUCCCUUCUUGUGAUCCUCCGUAUUUGGCUUGUCGUCUCAUAGCAGCUGCUUGUGAAUGUCUUUUAACAUUUAUAAACUGUGCCUAUGUUAAAUGGGGAACACGUGUGCAGGAUGUAUUUACUUACGCCAAAGUUAUCGCUCUCAUUGCCAUCAUCAUAGCUGGAGUUGUUAAAAUAUGCCAGGGGCAUACAUCACACUUUGAGAACUCUUUUGAGGGAUCCUCUUUAAAUAUUGGAGACAUCUCCCUUGCACUGUAUUCUGCCUUGUUCUCUUACUCUGGUUGGGAUACGCUCAAUUUUGUAACAGAAGAAAUCAAAAACCCAGAAAGGAACUUACCACUGGCUAUUGCAGUGUCUAUGCCAAUUGUGACUAUUAUCUAUAUUAUGACCAAUAUAGCUUACUAUACAGUGCUGGAUGCUCAAGCUGUUCUGUCUAGUGAUGCCGUGGCAGUGACAUUUGCUGACCAGGCAUUUGGUAGCUUCAGCUGGACAAUUCCCAUUGCUGUAGCCUUUUCUUGUUUUGGUGGCCUCAAUGCUUCAAUUCUAGCAUCAUCAAGGCUAUUUUUUGUAGGAUCUCGAGAAGGUCACCUUCCUGACCUGUUGUCCAUGAUCCACUUAAGGAGGUUCACACCUGUGCCAGCACUGCUCUUCAAUUGUAUUAUGACCCUUUUUUACCUGGCUGUGGAAGAUGUCUUCAAGCUUAUUAAUUACUUCAGUUUCAGUUACUGGUUUUUUGUUGGUCUGUCUAUUGCUGGACAGUUAUAUCUCCGUUGGAAAGAACCAGAUCGACCCAGGCCUCUUAAGCUGAGUCUGGCUUUCCCAAUAAUAUUCUGUAUGUGCACAGUAUUUCUGGUAGUAAUGCCACUCUAUAGCGACUUUAUAAAUUCAGUGAUUGGAAUUGGCAUCGCUUUAUCAGGAAUUCCAGUCUUUCUCUUGGGAGUCUAUUUACCUGCAUCAAGGAGACCUCAAUUUAUUAACAAGAUUUUAGGUGCAGUCACACGGAACAUGCAGCUGCUCUGUUACUGUGUUCUAACAGAGAUGGACACAAAUGAGGAGAAGAAGUCAGAAAGAAAAUCCAACUAAAAUUUAAAGCCAUUACAAGAAGCAGGAGGAAGGAUACAGCAGUUAAAACAACUAUAAAGGGAAGAGGUAGAACUGGAAAAAAGGGGAAAACUGUUUCCAGUGGUCUUUUAGAAAUACUGAAAAUGUCCUUACAGCGGGAUUCCCACCGAGAUCACGCCCUUACGUCACACUCCUGAAGUGGGACGUGUUUCCAGGGCGUGUUUUCCGUGGGUGAUGAGAACCUGCCCUUCCAGGCACAGCAGCUGUGCGUCACUAAGGUUCCUCCAGAAUCGCAUUCCAGUGGUGAGAGCUCCCGGAUCAAAUUCCAUUGCUGCACAGCCACUGGAGUAAUGCAUCUUAACUUACACUGAAAACCACUCUGACUCAAAAGACCAAGUCAUUUCCAGCUUCAUUCUGAUGGAUUUUUGCAUGAAAUGAUUUGCUGUGCUAUCUCAGUUCUUAUCCCAGAAGACAACUGCUUACAACUACCUACCCAAUUCGUCAUUGAGAAGAAAAAUGAAUAAAGUUGUGCUCCAUUAUUUAAAGACUGAACCAACUUUUCUCCCUUAGAGAUAAGUGUUUUAUGCCACAUACUACAUGGAAUUGUGGUAUCUGACUGUGGCAGAUUUAAUCAACAAAGCACCUUGGCACUGAAGAUUUGAUUACCUUUGAUGAUUCUUUCUUGCAAGCUUGUUAUUGGUGAACUUCUGCUAGGUUUUAUGAAAUUUUCAAAAUUAAAAUGUUCAGUUUGAAGC